CACUGGUGGGUAUGCCUCAGCUGACUUCGUCAUUGGCCCCAUGACUUUGGCGAGUGUGGGCACCUACAGAUGCUAUGGCUCUCUCAGAAGAUCCCCCUAUGAGUGGUCAGCCCCCAGUGAACCCGUGGACAUCAUGAUCACAGGUCUGUCCAAAAAACCCUCUCUCUCAGCCCAGGGAGGCCCCACGGUGAGGUUAGGAGAGAACGUGACCUUGGUCUGCAGCUCCGAGAGCACCUUUGACCAGUUCCAUCUGCUCAGGGAGGGGGUGAACCUUGGACGCCCACUCGCUGGAGGGCAGGGCCCCCACGGAGCACUCCAGGCAGAGUUCCCUCUGGGUCCUGGGACACCAGCCCACAGCGGGACCUACAGGUGCUACGGCUCCUUCACUCGCUCUCCCUACUCGUGGUCAGACUCCAGCGACCCACUGUUCCUGUCUGUCACAGGAUCCACUACAAGCACUUGCCCGUCAACCUUGGAUCCACACACCACAGAAGAAGCACUGCUUUCUCAAGAACACUCCAGCACGUGGUACAUUGUCCUUGGGCUUGUCAUAGCCUUCACCUCUACCAGCAUCCUCCUCGCUGCUCUUGUCUGUCACUGGUGUUCUACCCAAAAUCAUGUUGCCAUCAUGGAAGGAGAACCCAUGGAAGAUCGAACAGUGAAUGAUGAGGACUCUGCAGCAGAAGACGUGAUAUACGCUCACUUGGACCUCAGGACCCUCUCCGAGAGAUGGUUCACUCCCACUCCCCUGAGGCCCAUGAAUCCCUCUGCCGAGCCCAUUAUCUAUGAUCCUGUGUACUCUUCAGGUCUGCAGAGCUGCUGCCUCCUGCUCAGUAGGAGCAGCGCCAUGCUGUCUGCCAUCAUCAGCCUGACAUGUCUUGGUUUCUUCUUGAUCCAGAGCAUCUGGGCACAAGAGGGUGGUCAUGACAAGCCCUCCCUGUCAGCCUGGCCAAGCCCCGUAGUUCCUCAAGGACAGCAUGUGACUCUCUCGUGUCACUCCCCUCUCGGAUUUGACAGGUUCAGGCUACACAAGGAUGACAGAACCAAUGUCCCUGAGCUCCAGGGCGUCAUAUUCUGGAAGAACUUCCUCAUGGGCCCUGUGACCGAAGCACACGCGGGGACCUACAGAUGUCAUGGUCACUACAGUCACCUCCCCACUGUGUGGUCAGCACCCAGUGACCCCCUGGAGAUUGUGGUCACAGGUCUGUCCAAGAAACCCUCUCUCUCAGCCCAGGGGGGACCCGUGGUGAGGUCAGGGGAGAACGUGACCUUGGUCUGCAGCUCCGAGAGUGCCUUUGACCAGUUCCAUCUGCUCAGGGAGGGGGAGAACCUUGGGCCCCCGCUGGCUGGAGUGUGGGUCCCCCACGGAGCACUCCAGGCAGAGUUCCCUCUGGGUCCUGGGACCCCAGCCCAUAGCGGGGUCUACAGGUGCUACGGCUCCUUCACUCGCUCUCCCUACUCAUGGUCGGACUCCAGCGACCCACUGUACCUGUCUGUCACAGGAAACUCUUCAAGUAGUCAGCCACUACACACAAAACCAAACUCCAACAGCGGUAUCCCCAGGCACCUGCAUGCUCUGGUUGGACCCUCUGUGGCCUUCGUAUUCCUUGUCAGCCUUAUCUCCUUCCUUGUCCACCACUGGUGCCCUGAUGCAAAGGAUGCUGUUAUAAUGAACAGCCAGCCUGAGGUGGGCAGAAGGGUGAAUUGGGAGGACCCUGACGCAGAGGAACUGAAGGAGGUGACAUACACCGACUUGGAUUGUUCGGUUUUCACACGGAAAAUCAUUACUCCCACGUCCCAGAGGCCCAGAGAGCCCUCAGCUAAUGCCAGUGUGUACAUGGAUCUUGCAACAUGUUAAGAGCAGUUCAAAGCUUGAAUCCUAUCCCCGGAACAUGCCCAGGAGGUCUUCAAUGGAAGCUGUAACACUUUCUCAAACUCAGCUUGAGAGCUCCAUCCUAACAACAGCUGGAAUCUGAAGAUAUAAACAUCAUUAGGGUCAUCUCUCUUCAUCAGAGGAUUAUCUCUAAAGCCUCAGAAUCCCUUGGAAACCUCCCCCAGCCAUUCUAGGGGGUUAUCACGAUGAUUCAAUCAUUUCCAAUGUUGUCAACAAAAUCACCGGAGUGUUCUAGAAAGUGAACCAUAAAUAACACACUUUCUCUGACAUUCAGCUGAUAAACUCCUAGAAAUCAUGAUAUAUUUAAAAUGAAUUAAUUCCUCCAACAGUUUUCUGUGGUGGCAUAACCUAUUCUAAGUCUCUAAGCAAAUAUUAGUGAAGAAAACUUUAUCUUGUUGUGGAUCUUGGUCCAGUGGGAGAUGCAAACACAUAAAACCAUUGAAAGCUAUCUAUAGGAGAGAAAGGGGCUUCCCAGAUGGCACAGUGGUGAAUAAUCCACCUGCCAAUGCAAGACAUGCAGGUUUGAUCCCUGGGUUGGGAAGAUCCCCUGGGGGAAGAAAUGGCAACCCACUCCAGUAUUCU